CGCACGCCUUACCACCCACCAUCGCCGUAAACAGUGCUGUAUUUUUGUAUUCCUUUAGCGGCUCUUCAGUCAGCAUCCAUGACCUCAUCGUUCCCCAAAGGAAAUAGCCGAGCCUGCUGCUGUCAACUUUACCUGCCAGACAGCCUCUAGCGGUUCCCCUUUUAGUGCCUGGCCCACUGUAAGGCUUCCCGAAAAAGGCCUGUCAUUGGUGCUGGCGCCGAGCCCAAAGCCGACCCGACACUGCGCAGCCCGGCUUUAUUUUUCUUUGUUACCUGUUUCCUCUUCCCACCUUUUCGGUUUCCUCUUCUUGCAUCACAUCCCCAAAUCGAGAUCAGCCGUUGGAGAAGCAGCCUCGAUCAUUGGCUGGCCCGCUGCAUUUUCUUUUUCUUUUUUAAUUGACUCUAUUCAUACUACUUCUUUCAGAACUGCAUCGUGUAAUGCCGUUAUAACCUCAUCUACUCCAACUCUUUUUCUUAUUCUUCCCCUUGUUGCGCCAGACCACCCCCCGUCACCAUGGCGUUCGCAGAGGAGCCCAAACCAGACCAGCCCAAAAGCACAAUGAAGUCGCGGGCUGAAGCGCGGAGGAAGAAGCGAGCUCCUCCUGUUCGUUAUCCCUUUUGGUUCGGCGGCAGCGCUAGCAGCAUGGCCGCCUGCGUCACACAUCCGUUAGAUCUUGUCAAGGUCCGACUGCAAACACGGAGCGGCGAUGCGCCCAAAAACAUGAGCGGAACUUUUGUCAAGAUUGUCAAGACAGACGGCUUUCUCGGCCUCUACUCGGGCAUCUCAGCCUCCCUCCUUCGACAGCUUACCUACUCGACGGUCCGGUUCGGCGUAUACGAAGAAUUAAAAUCUCGCUACACGAAAAGUGGCCGCGAGGCUACCUUCCCAGCCCUGAGCGCCAUGGCCAUCACAUCCGGCUUCCUCGGCGGCAUUGCCGGCAACUUUGCCGACGUCCUCAACGUGCGCAUGCAGCACGAUGCUGCUCUGCCGCCUGCCGAGCGCAGAAACUACAAGCACGCCGUGGACGGCAUGGUCCGCAUGGCGCGCGAAGAGGGCUUUGGUAGCUACUUUCGCGGAUGGCUGCCCAACAGCAGCCGCGCCGCCGUCAUGACUGCAGGCCAGUUAGCGACGUACGAUACUUUUAAGAGGCUGCUCAUGGAUUACACGCCCAUGGGCGACAAUUUGACGACGCAUUUUUCUGCUUCCUUUUUGGCCGGUCUGGCAGCCGCUACGGCGACGAGCCCCAUUGACGUCAUCAAGACCCGCGUCAUGUCGGCAGCCAACAAGCAGAGCGUUGUAACGCUGGUCAAGGACAUUACACGGACAGAAGGCCUCGGCUGGAUGUUCAAGGGCUGGGUGCCCAGUUUCCUGCGAUUAGGACCACACACCAUUUGUACAUUUAUCUUCCUCGAAUUCCACCGCAAAGCAUAUAGACAGGUCAAGGGCCUUAAUGAGACGCCCGUAUAGAAACACACAAACAUAACUCAAAAAGGAGGUCGGCCACGGGGGCCUUUUGGCAUGGUUUCUUUUCUUUUUCAUGGGCGUUUUUUUAGAAUUUCGGUCUGCUUUAACUUCUAACGUGCUGGGUAUAGACGGUUUGUCAUUACAAACUGAGCAGCCAACACAACCAUUUGAUUGAAGAAAUGGGAAUAUUUAUUUAUUAUUUCACCAAUUAACGUCUUCAUCAUCGCCUGUCUCCUAUGCUACACACCUCUGUGGCUUCAUAGGGUGUCCAUGUUCUACCCAUAUGUUUGUGUAUGCUCCCAGCUGGUGAAUGUGUCUUGAUUUUUUUAUAUUCCGUAUUGUACAUGAAAUGAAAAAGCCCCUAUGCCCAAAGUUGACAAAAUUUCGUAAAUAGCAAGCAAAGCGCCUCUGCAACACCACCAAGACAUUUUCUCACUCCAUCUGUCUUUUCUGUUAUUCUACCACUGGUUCUGGCCGUACGGCGUCGUCCCGUAUCCAGGAUCGCCGCCGUACGCCGUGCCUGCACCACCACCAGGACCUCCACCGUACGCAGUAUUGUUACCGCCGCCGUAGGGUGUUGUGUAGCCCUGGUCGCCCCAGCCGCCGCCAGUCUCCAUGUUCAUAUCGGGGCUGCGCGGGCCGUCCAUGUCGGCCUCUUCGCCGCCGUACUUGCGCGGGUCCAGGCCCUUGAGCAGGCCACCAAUCUUUUGCUGCAGCACACGGAUGCCCGACUGGAUGAUCUGGUCCGGCUCCAUGGUGCCGGCGGCCUCGACCUCAAAGUAGAAUCGGUUGGGCUUGGCGUCGUAGUUGAAGGGUUCGCCUUCUUGCAGGGGCUCUUCCCACUCGGCGUAUUUGCUCUUGGGCCUAAACAUACACUCUCGUUAGAAUUUUGAGUCAUGUACAGCGUGGGUUAGUAUAGCUGUGGAGUUGUACUCACCACUCCUUCUCGGGAUCUGUGUUGUUCUCAAACCACCAGUCAAGAUGGUGCAGCUUGUUGUGAGGAUCGUACUCGAAGCCGACAGCAGAGGUGGGCAUCCACUUGGCGUGCUCCUUUGCAAUGCCCUUCUUUGCAAUACACGUCAGACGCAGCUCCUGGUCCUUGCGCAGCUUGGCCAGCAGACAGCCCAGGCCGUCGGACGCCUCGUUGAUAACGGGCGUGCCGAUGGCGCUGGCAUGGCGGCCGUCAACGACCAAGUCUCGCGCAUACACCUUCAUAAUGUCGUCCGACGUGCACUUGGCAUGCAGCGUAAGCGUGACACUGCAUUGCUCGCAGUACUGUUCGCAGUCGCAGUCGCGCGAGUAGUUGAGCUCGUUGAUGCCCUUGGAGCUGAGCGGGAUCAGGCCCAGACGGUGGGCAAUGAACUCGUCGGCAAGCACCGACGUGUUGGUCUCGAUUUCUACAAGGUCGACCGCAAUUGUCGGGACUUCGGCCUGGAUGAUUCGGCGGAGGGCGUUGGCAAAGGGCAGGUUGGUCUUGGAGAGUUCAAAGUCGACGUGUGUGUGAUCGGCCUGCAAUCCCAGGGUUAGUUUAAGCCACCACAACAAUAGCAUCAAUUCCGCUUGAUGCUAGGUGAAAAACAUACGGCAGAGAUGAUGACCUGAGCCUGCUCCGACUCGCCGUCCAUGGCCAUGGGAUCGUAGCCGUCCAUCGUCGCCAAGUUUUGCGCUCAAGGGUGGCCGCGCGAUUGCGAGAUUGCUGGGUUCCAACGCCGGUCAAUCGCCUCGAUAUCCCUUCACUUUGGACUGCGCGAAAUGCCGUCUGUCGAAAGCUGUGCCGGGCGGUGCGCUGCGCUAUGAGAAGUAGUUGGGUCAAGGCAGGGGAUAUCCC